AGCACAAUGUCAGCAAAGAUGCACGCUUAUAAAUUCAUGGCAGUAUUACUUCUGUUUAGUUUAACAGUAAUUUCGCUGUCAUAUAUUCUCGACAAAGAAUCGUCUGAACAAUUUGUUUUCUUGUUUUCCAAAGAACUAGAUGAUGAAGUUAUAGAGCAAUUUGAAAAGUCUUAUUGGAAUAAACUCUACCAGAUAACACCUACAACCUUCAUAUUUCAAUACAAAGGCAGAAACAUAACGGAGUCUAUUCUCCGUGUGAAAAAGAAGUUUAAAAACCUUAUACUUGAGAUAGAACCGGUCAAACAUUAUGUAGACGUUAUUCGACCAAAUGAAACAUCUGUAGACCAAAACAACACGGGAACCGGUAUAGAAAAUCUUGUUGAGCCAAAACUAGUAUGUGAGAAAUAUUAUGGAAUGGGUAUAGAGAAUGCGUGGUUACGCGGCUAUACCGGAAAGGGUGUGGUGGUUGCAGUCACUGAUGUAGGAAUUAAUACAGAUCUGAAAGAUCUCGAGCAAAACGUAGACGACAAACUGUGCUUUAAUUUUAUGAGCAAUUCAACGAAUGUGACACCAGAGAAUUUUUCUUCAUACAGAGAACUAUCAGAACCAGACCAUGGAAAUAGAUGUGCCAGCCUCAUUGCAGCAGUGAAAGGAAACGAAUUUUGCAGUGCUGGGAUUGCCUAUAAUGCAACUAUUGCCGCUUUUAAAAUAUUUGGUGUUGAACUAAAAAAUGAAAAUUAUCCGAUACAUAUAAAUCUGCGGUCCGACUCUGCAUCGAUGGCCAGAUCCCUUGUUUAUGGUCUUGGUGAAAUUGAUAUCUAUUCAAAUUCCUGGGGACCAUCAGAAACGUGUUCAAGUAUUACUCUUGUUCGCAGAGAGGCCAUAAAGAUCAGCGCAGAGAAGGGCCGCAGAGGUCUAGGCGCUGUUCAGGUAUUCUCGGUAGGAUCUGCUGGAAAUGAGUUAGCUAACAACGAAUAUACCAUUACAGUCAGUGCUGUAGGACAACAUGGAACCGUUCCUAGUGAUUCAGUAGUAAGUGCAAGUGUACUGACUUCAGGACUUCGGGACGGUAACAACAUCUCCGCAAAUUCAAUGGUGACUACGUCAUUCAACAACAAAUGCAUAACAAGUUUUAAGGGAGUUUCUGCUGCAACAGCACAGGUAGCUGGAAUAAUAGCAUUAGCAUUGGAAGCAAGGCCUGAGCUCACAUUGGCAGACGUUCAAGACAUAAUUGUUUAUUCGUCAGAUGUCAGCUGCUUAAAGGACCACACAAACGUUACCACAAACGCAGCCGGACAUAAAUUUCAUCCGGUUUUUGGAUUUGGCCUAUUAAAUGCAACAAAGCUGGUUUCCUUGGCAGAAGAAUUACUGGACAGCUCGGCGAUUUCAACUAUAGCCUUGCGCCAAAGAACCGCUUGCUAUGAUGAAGCAAGUGGAUUUACUGCCGAGUUUUGUUACAGCUGUUCACAAAGUGUUGACAGUUUCGUAAUUGCACGAGGUUGUAUGCGCGUAGUCAAAACUGCAAAGGUUCAAGUUGAUUACCACACAUCUGCUAGAUACAUGCGCAUAAUUUUGAUCUCGCCGAACGGGACAGUGUCAGUACUACAGGACUUUGAAUCGGAUAAUGUGAAAACGGGAGAUAAGGGAAGAAUGCAGAUUCUUACUACAGUUCAUUUCUGGGAUGAAACUGCAUCUGGCCUUUGGCGUUUCAAAAUCGGGUCAAAUGGAAAGACAGAUGUGAAUAGUAACGUUUCACUGACACUCUUUGGAGUUUUGUCUGACUUUCCAGAUACACAGGGAAAAGAAACUAAGUGUGCACCAACAUGCAAACCUCAACAUGAUGAUUCAGGUCAUGCUGACAAUCAUGGGGGUGUUAUAGCAGCGGUUGCGGUUGUUUCUUCUAUUUGCAUAGCUGUGUUUGCAGUUAUAAUUAUAAUUAAAAUCAUCAAGUUUAAAAAGAAAAAAGCUUUGCCAACUGUUGAUGACAUACGAAGCUCUUUCAUUGAAGACGAUACUGAUACAAACAUUGAUCUGGAUUUAUAAAUGUGUCCACCGAUACAAAUCAUAUCGUAAAAUGUAUUGGCAUUAUCUACAUGCUGCUUUCUUUAUCAUAGUUUUCACUAACUCUGUAAAGGAUUGUGUUGAUAGUAGAAAAUAAUUAAAAGCAUCUUAUGAUCAAUAUGAAAAGGUGAUUACAUUAUGUUUAGAUACACAAAUGAUUGCAUGACAUGUGUUGGAAAAACGGAAAGUUUUCGAAAUUUUCUCUUUCUUAAAUGGGAUAGUAGGUAGGUGUCGAAAUUUCCUCUUUCUUAAUUGUGGUAGUAGGUAUGUUUAAAUGCUAGUGGUGAUCACAAAGGUCUAAAUCAAUACUGUCAUAUUGAAGUACGCAUUACUAUUAUGUUACAGAAUAAAGAACAAGUGCUGCUACGUUUUAUCUGAUUAAAUACAGAUGAAAAUAUUUGAGUAAUAUUUGAGUAUUCUGGAUCUACUUCAAAAUAACGAAGUACCCACUCACAUGUCACCUUACGGUUACAUUAUUCUUUUUUACUUAUUCACUUUCUAUUGUAUGCUAUAUAAACAGUUGAAUAUUCUUAAAAUAUCAUUUUCAGAAUUCUAUAGCAUUUUAAUGGUAUGAAAACAUAGGACUGGAGCAGACAUACACUAUCCAUUGGAGCUAGAUAGAUUUGAAAGUCAUUGUCAAACUCGCUCUAAAUCUAGUUAAGCUAUUUGAUUCAAUUCAUACUGAAUAUUUACCUGAGAUAACGCAAUUUUUUGUGUCCACCUUUUCCAUUUUUCCAUAAUCUAACGGCUUAUACGGUUUGGCAUUGCAAGUGGUAUUGUAUCUGCUUUGAUUUGAUGUUCUUAUCGUGAGGCUAGCUCUUCUUUAUGGGUCACAAGACACUUUAAAGACAAUGUGGAUACAUCAAGUUUAAUGAAACGGGUACAAGUUUGAACCAGUAAUCAUGCUUAUGAGCUUGUGCCAAAUGAAUGUGAUAUAUAAUGAGAAGAUUAUGUGUUUAAGCAAAUCAUAUUUAUUCAUGCCUUUCUUGGUACUUGUUAAAUAAAGUUUAUACUUGAAUAAAGCUUGCUUAUUCUCUUCUGUUAUGAACACUACAUGCCUUUCUUGUUACUUGUUAAAUAAAGUUUAUACUGGAAUAAA